AUGGCCGCCCGUCCUCAAAACAUUGGCAUCAAGGCCAUUGAGAUCUACUUCCCCAGCCAGUAUGUUGAGCAGACUGAGCUCGAGAAGUUCGAUGGCGUCAGCACUGGAAAGUACACCAUUGGUCUUGGCCAGACCAAGAUGUCCUUCUGCGAUGAUCGCGAGGACAUCUACUCCUUCGCCCUGACCGCCACCAAGAACCUCCUCAAGAACUACAACGUUGACCCCAACUCAAUUGGUCGUCUCGAGGUCGGCACUGAGACCCUCCUCGACAAGUCCAAGUCGGUCAAGACUGUUCUCAUGCAGCUCUUUGGCGACAACACCAACAUCGAGGGUGUCGACACCAUCAACGCCUGCUACGGUGGUACCAACGCCGUCUUCAACACCAUCAACUGGAUUGAGUCCUCUGCUUGGGACGGCCGUGAUGGUAUUGUUGUGGCUGGUGACAUUGCCCUCUACGCCAAGGGUAACGCCCGUCCCACUGGCGGUGCUGGCGCCGUUGCUCUGCUCAUUGGCCCCAACGCUCCUAUUGUUGCUGAGCCUGGCCUGCGCGGUACCUACAUGCAGCACGCCUACGACUUCUACAAGCCCGACCUGACCAGCGAGUACCCCUACGUCGACGGCCACUACUCCAUCAACUGCUACACCAAGGCUCUCGAUGCCGCUUACCGUGACUACUGCAAGCGUGAGGCCAAGCAGUCCACCAACGGUGUCACCAACGGCAGUGACCCUAACCGAACCAACCUCGACCGCUUCGAUUACCUUGCCUUCCACUCCCCUACUUGCAAGCUCGUCCAGAAGUCUUAUGCCCGACUCCUCUACCACGACUACCUUGCCAACGCCGACUCGCCGGCUUUCGCCGAGGUCGCCCCUGAGCUCCGCGACAUGGACUACGAGAAGUCUCUGACCGACAAGGUCGUUGAGAAGACCUUCAUGGGUCUCACCAAGAAGCGCUUCCAGGAGCGCGUUAACCCCUCUAUCCAGGUUGCCACCAACGUUGGUAACAUGUACUGCGGCAGUGUCUGGGGUGGUCUGGCCAGCUUGAUCAGCGUCGUCGACAACAAGGCUCUCGAGGGCAAGCGAAUUGGUCUCUUCAGCUACGGUUCCGGUCUCGCUGCCAGCUUCAUGUCUUUCCGCAUCAACGGCAACGUCGAGCGCAUCUCUGACGUUCUCGACAUCCCCACCCGCCUCGCUGCCCGCCGCGCUGUGCCCCCUGAGAACUACGACAAGAUGUGCGAUCUCCGAAAGCAGGCUCAUCUCCAGAAGGACUACACCCCCAAGGGUGAGAUCUCCGGCAUUGUCCCUGGAACUUACUACCUUACCAAGGUCGACGACAUGUUCAAGCGCGAGUACGCUAUCAAGGAAUAG